CCGCCCCGUCCCUUCCCGCCCCGCGGCGGCGCUCCCCAGACACCUCCCACUGUCCACGCCGCGUUCUCCCGAUGGCCCACUGCGAGGAGGUGACCGUGUCCGGCUUCGAAGAGUUCAACCUAGCUGUGGAGCAGCACAAGGGCAAGACCAUUUUCGCUUACUUUACUGGGUCUAAGGACGCCGAAGGGAAAAGCUGGUGCCCCGACUGCAUGCAAGCUGAACCAGUCGUGCGAGAGGGGCUAAAGCAUGUUAGUGAAGGAUGUGUGUUCAUCUACUGCCAAGUAGGAGAAAAACCUUAUUGGAAAGAUCCAAAUAAUGCCUUCAGAAAAAAUCUGAAAGUAACUGCAGUGCCUACACUACUUAAGUAUGGAACACCUCAAAAGCUGGUAGAAUCUGAGUGUGUUCAGGCCAACCUUGUGGAGAUGUUAUUCUCUGAAGAUUAAUUUGAUGCUGGCAAUUGUGUCUGGAUUUCCUGGUUUGCUCUAGUAUAAAAGAAACUGCAUACUCUGGAUUUAUGUUAGCAAUAAAUAAUGAUGUUUAAAACAUUGGUGUAUAUCUAAACAAUCAAGAUUACUAUUAAAAUGCUCAUGAACCGUCA